GCGGGGUCUCGGCGUCGGCGGCGCGCGCGCUCCCUCCUCUCGGAGAGAGGGCUGUGGUAAAAGCCGUCCGGAAAAUGGCCGCCGCCGCCGCUGCCGCGCCGAGCGGAGGAGGAGGAGGAGGCGAGGAGGAGAGACUGCUCCAUAAAAAUACAGACUCACCAGUUCCUGCUUUGAUGUGACAUGUGACUCCCCAGAAUACAUCUUGCUUCUGUAGACCAGCUCCAACAAGAUUCCAUGGUAGCUGGAAUGUUAGGGCUCAGGGAAGAAAAGUCAGAAGAACAGGAUCUCCAGGGCCUGAAGGAUAAACCUUUGAAGUUUAAAAAGGUGAAGAAGGAUAAGAAAGAAGACAAAGAGGGCAAGCAUGAGCCCCUGCAGCCAGCGGCCCACCGCUCUGCUGAGCCGGCAGAGGCAGGUAAAGCAGAGACCUCGGAAGGGUCGGGCUCGGCCCCAGCCGUGCCGGAAGCUUCGGCCUCCCCCAAGCAGCGGCGCUCCAUCAUUCGCGACCGGGGACCCAUGUACGACGACCCCACUCUGCCUGAAGGUUGGACCCGAAAGCUUAAGCAAAGGAAAUCUGGCCGCUCCGCUGGGAAGUAUGAUGUGUAUUUGAUCAAUCCCCAGGGAAAAGCCUUUCGCUCUAAAGUGGAGCUGAUUGCAUACUUCGAAAAGGUAGGCGACACCUCCCUGGACCCUAAUGAUUUUGACUUCACGGUAACUGGGAGAGGGAGCCCCUCCCGGCGAGAGCAGAAACCACCUAAGAAGCCCAAAUCUCCCAAAGCUCCAGGAACUGGCAGAGGCCGGGGACGCCCCAAAGGGAGCGGCACCACGAGACCCAAGGCAGCAGCAUCAGAGGGCGUGCAGGUGAAAAGGGUCCUGGAGAAAAGUCCCGGGAAGCUGCUCGUCAAGAUGCCUUUCCAAGCUUCGCCGGGCAGCAAGGCCGAAGGGGGCGGGGCCACCACGUCGGCCCAAGUCAUGGUUAUCAAACGCCCCGGCCGGAAGCGAAAAGCUGAGGCUGACCCCCAGGCCAUUCCCAAGAAACGGGGCCGAAAGCCGGGCAGUGUGGUGGCGGCUGCCGCCGCCGAGGCCAAGAAGAAAGCCGUGAAGGAGUCUUCCAUCCGGUCUGUGCAGGAGACCGUGCUGCCCAUCAAGAAGCGCAAGACCCGGGAGACGGUGAGCAUCGAGGUGAAGGAGGUGGUGAAGCCCCUGCUGGUGUCCACCCUUGGCGAGAAGAGCGGGAAGGGACUGAAGACCUGCAAGAGCCCCGGGCGGAAAAGCAAGGAGAGCAGCCCCAAGGGGCGCAGCGGCAGCGCCUCCUCACCCCCCAAGAAGGAGCACCACCACCACCACCACCACGUGGAGCCCCCGAAGGCACCCGCGCCGCUGCUCCCGCCCCCGCCCCCGCCCCCGCCGGAGCCCCAGAGCUCCGAGGCCCCCGCCAGCCCCCCCGAGCCCCAGGACUUGAGCAGCAGCGUCUGCAAAGAGGAGAAGAUGCCGAGAGCAGGCUCGCUGGAGAGCGACGGCUGCCCCAAGGAGCCAGCUAAGACUCAGCCCGCGCUCACGACCGCCGCCGCGGCCACAGAAAAGUACAAACACCGAGGGGAGGGAGAGCGCAAAGACAUUGUCUCAUCCUCCAUGCCAAGGCCAAACAGAGAGGAGCCUGUGGACAGCCGGACGCCCGUGACCGAGAGAGUUAGCUGACUUUACACAGAGCGGAUUGCAAAGCAAACCAACAAGAAUAAAGGCAGCUGUUGUCUCUUCUCCUUAUGGGUAGGGCUCUGACAAAGCUUCCCGAUUAACUGAAAUAAAAAAUAUUUUUUUUUCUUUCAGUAAACUUAGAGUUUCGUGGCUUCAGGGUGGGAGUAGUUGGAGCAUUGGGGAUGUUUUUCUUACCGACAAGCACAGUCAGGUUGAAGACCUAACCAGGGCCAGAAGUAGCUUUGCACUUUUCUAAACUAGGCUCCUUCAACAAGGCUUGCUGCAGAUACUACUGACCAGACAAGCUGUUGCCCAGGCUUCCUAGGGUGCGCCUGCACCUCCCUCCCACCCAGCCCCCCCACGUGGUCGUUAGGGGCAGAGAGCACUUGAGAGGACACUCCUGGUUUUGGUGCCGUUGGCGCCCCAGUCUCAGCUCUCCUCCCCCCACCCUGCCCGGCCUCCAGCUCCCCCGCCUCGCCCACUCCCACCCACGUCGGGACAAGGAGGUGUGAGGCAAGAGAGGCAGGUGGAUCCUUUAGAGAAGAUGCGGAUGGCCAGUGGCUAUAGCCCGUGUGAUCCCACCUGUGGUGGCACAAACCUGGCCCCACGCCGGCCCCAAUCCAAAAUCGACAAGGACAUUUCACAGGACGGGGAAGUAGCACCUGUUCGCCCCAGUUCUGGCCUGGCUAGGAAGGAGUCAUCCUUUGAGCCGCUGGGUGUAGACUGGCCUUAGCCAGAGGAGACGAUGGCCCAGGGCUGGCCUCCCGCGGGUGGCGCUAGAGAGAGGCCGCCAAGGCCGCAGGACAAGGCCCAGGCAGGCCGGCCCAGGCUCCAGACCGCCGAGCGCAGCAGGCCAGGCGGAAGGGAUUCCUAGUCGCUCAGAGCAGUUGUGACUGGUAGUUAGAGCCUUAGUAGAUGGGGCAGGGGCCAGGGGGAAGGAGGGGGAAAUGUUCUUCCAAAACUUUCCAAUUCUAACUCCUCUAGGGACAGCUUAGAACUAUUUGCACUAUUGAGUCUUCAUGUUCCCACUUCAAAACAAACGCUCUGAGAGCAAACUGGCUUGAACUGGUGACACUUUGUCCCUCAGGCCACCAGACGUGACGGUGUUGACAACUACCUGGAUCUGUAUAUACUUGCGCUUGUUUUAAAGUGGGCUCAGCACAUAGGGUUCCCACGAAGCUCCGAAACUCUAAGUGUUUGCUGCAAUUUAUAAGGACUUCCUGAUUGGUUUCUCUUCUCUCCUUCAAUUUCUGCCUUCUUUCAUUUCAUCCUUUCAUUUCUUCCCCUCCCCCCACCCUCAUCCCUUCUGUUCCAGGCAGCCGCAGUGCCCAGCUGUACCCUGAGCCGACGCUGUCAGCUCAGGGCCCCAAAACUCACCCCCCUUGGCCUUCCUGCCAUCAGCCCCAGCCCCCCUCCCACCCAUUCUGAGCCCUGAGGAAGCCCCAGGCUCUGCUAAAUCCACCUGGCCCUAGUGUGCCUCGGCCUCCGAGGGGCAAGGGAGUGGCAAGGUCUUGCUCUCCUAGGAGUCCCCUUCCCUGGUCAGACCCCGGAUCCCAGGCCUUCUCAACCUUCCCACUCAGCAGAAGUGGGGGAGGGAGAAGUUGGGCCGGAUAUGGAUUUCGAAGCCAAGGGCAGCACAGAGACCCACUGUGGCCUGCCAGUGUCAUUGAGUGGCCCAGCCCUGACCUUGGCCUCUGCCAGACCGGCUAGGGGCGGGGUGGUCGGGCGGGGCGGCAGGCAGAGCAAGUGCAGACGCCCCACUGCUGCUCCUCAGAGCACAGGUUCUUUUCUGCGGGCCCCGUGUGGCCUCUGCUUGCGGGAGACGGGGUGCGCUCGUACCUCACGCAUCUCCACGUGUGCACCAGGGCUGUGGCGUGGGCGCGUAGAGGCUUGGGCUUGUUUUGGGGUGUUCAUUGACCAGUUUCAAUUCAGGAUCCCGUGCUUUCACCCUCUGUUCAGGAAGUCCUUAUCUAACUGCAUAUCUUCAUCAUAUUGGUAUAUCCUUUUCUGUGUUUACAGAGAUGUCUCUUAUCUAAAUCUGUCCAACUGAGAAGUACCUUAUCAAAGUAGCAAACGAGACAGCAGUCUUAUGCUUCCAGAAACACCCACAAGCACGUCCCAUGUGAGCUGCUGCCAUGAACUGUCAAGUGCGUGUUGUCUCGUGUAUUUCAGUUACUGUCCCCUGGCUUCCUCACUGCGGUGUAACCAUGAAGGAGUGAAACAUCUUAGAAACCGUCUAGCACUUCCUUGCCAGUCCUUAGUGAUCAGGACCCAUAGUUGACAGUUCCAAUCAGUAGCUUAAGAAAAAAACAUGUCUGUCUCUCCCAGAAUGGUUAGAAGCAAGGGAGUUUGCCCCGUUCUGUUUGUGGAGUCGUAGCUGGCCUUUCUAGCAUUUUUGUAUCCAUUUCUUGAUGCUGCAGAAGCAAGUCCCACAACCAAACCUGCUCUGCUGUCGACCCUCCGGGCUUCACUUAUGACUCCUCCCCAGGAAGGGCUGGGCGUCGGAGUAGGGGGAGAGUCCUUCGGGAUCCCUCUUCCUCCAAGGACAAAAGGCUCCUGACCCUGCAGUGGCCUCGCACUCCUGGUAACCCCCAGAGGACUCUUAUUCACGUGAGCACGGUGUCCAGCCCGUUUGUUGUGGGGGCACCAUCUCUUUUGCUCGGUCAGGUUUUUAGGCAUUAAUUACACUUUUCGUCCAGUAAAAUGUGGCUCCUGGGACCAGUAUCAAGAGCUGGCCUCCCCAUCAGCUUGGUACAAUCUGGUCCUGGGCAGAAGAGAGCUGGGCCUGCCAUUGCCCCCCUUUCACCCAUAACAGUUCAUUCUGGGGCUGACUGGCAUUGGCGGUCGAGAACACAAAGUUUCAAGUGUCAUUUUCUUUGGGCCUGGCCCGACCUGCAGCCUCCCUCACUCUCCAGCUUCUUCCCUUAGAGUUUCAAGGCUGCAGGUGGCGCCUGAGGCACCUUAGGGUUUUCUCUCCCCGCCCCCCUUUCUUCCACGUUCCCUCUUCCCCAAAUAAAGGCAUUACGAGUGAGUCACCUUUGGGCAGGGGCCCCGAAGCUCCCAUACCACCUCUGUCCUGGAGUCAGGUUGACAGGAGGUUGGAGGGAAGGCCUAAGCCACGGAAUUCUCACCAGCUGUGUCUGGCCCAAUUUGGAGGUGUGACCUCGAUUUUGUGUGUACUUGAAGACCAUGAAGAUCGGGGGCCAUCUCUUAGGGACUGUGUAAAGAAGGCAGGAAUUGACCGACAGCUUUCAGACACCCGUGGGCUAGGUCAGAGUCACAUUCGGUCUCCCCGGCCCUCAUUCUGGUUAUUAGUGACUACCUCCUCUCCUGAUGGAAUUCUGUGUGUCCUCAAGCUCCUCCCACCGUGCCCGGCCCAGCCCAGCCCUGCCCGUUGGUGGGCUUGUCCUAACCAGUGUAGUUGCUGGCCUUGACACUGCAGUGAGCUGGGGACACUGGGCCACAGCCAGGCUCCAUCCAGUUCAGCUCCCUUCCGCUGCUGCUGUACUCCCGUAUCGAAAGGCACAGGAGACACUCAGAAAUGCCACGGCCCCUAGUCCGUCAGUGCCAAACUAGCCAAGGACCCCAUCCCCUCAGCUCCCCGGAAAGUGGAAGCCGUGGCGGUGGCCCGGGGGCGCCGGAACGGCCACAGCCAGCACCUGACUUCUACUCCUGAGACCCCAUGCCGGUGCCGGCACCAGUCUUGUUCAGCAGUGGCAUUCCAGGCUAGAGGCCACAAAUGGUGGCGGUGGGACCUGGAACAGCGCCACGUGGUCGCUUGCCCCUCUGCCUAGCUUGUCAUCGUCGUGAUGGCCAUCGUGAAGGAGGGUACUAGCCAGAAACAAACCACCACGUUUAGUGGGAAAGGAGUUUCCUUAGCUGACGGGACCUCUGGAUUUUUAGUAACUUUUAAUAAGCAGCUCAAGCCCAGGAGGGAACAGAGGGUGUGAAGUGAAUCCACCAGGUGUGGCCACCUGGAUCUCCUGGAACCCAAGUGGAGCCUGGCAGCUGAGCUCUGUGCCCCCUUUCCGGAGCGUUCCUGCCAGGCUCUCUGGGGUGACGGGACCAGGGGAGGUCACAGAUACCAGCUCUAGCUUUGUCCAGCCAUCCCUAGCAGGGUCGUGGCCCCAAAUUGUUUCCUGAUGCGAGUUUCCCACACGGGUGGCCCAGGCCAUCCAGACCUCGGGAAGUAAGCUCUCUCUAGAGCCCUGUGUGCAUUGGCCUAGCCAGUCCCCUGAGUCCCGGCCAGUGGCCCCGGGGUGGGGGGGAGCACGGCCACGUUACCAGGCCUAGUAGUAGAGCCCCUGCUCUCUUGCCCGAUGGCCCCGCCACGUCGUGUUCUGGCUCUUAGCUGCUCUCUGCAAGGGCCCCAUCUCACUUCUCUUCAUCCGUGAACCCGUCCACUCGAGGGGUUUGUUGAGUCUCGGUUUUUGCUUCUUUCUCUUUUAGAAACUUAUCAAUCUUCAGAAAACAUAGUGUAAUUGUUAACAAUUCUCUAGGAUACUGCCUCCCCCAGGGUCUAAAGUUCCAUGUUAAAGGGGAAAAAAGUGAACACUGAAACCCCUUGUCGACAAUUCAGAAGGAGGACCUAAAAAACAUUUAGCAGGAAACUACAUUUCGAUGUCUGAGUGAAUAAGAGCAAGCUUUUGCAAAAACGCUGAUCUAACAGUACUUGGAGCCUGGCCUAAUGUGUGGCAAGUGCUGCGGGUGAAGGGGAAUCUGGCCUGAAACUGCUGGAUCUGAGCCUUAGGGCCCUCGUGUCACUGGAGAGCCCGUCUCUCCGUGGGUAGCAGUCCCUGAGGGCUCAGCUGCCACCCGGUCCUGGGAGAAGGCCUGCCUGUUGCAAAGCUGCAGGAGCCCAGCUCUGGGUGUGGGAAGGAAGGAGAGUGCUCACCAGUGAAUCCGAAGGCCCGUGACCUUCUCGCUACCCGGCACCACCUGUUCCUUGCUCCUUUCUGAUUUCCGCAGAGCCUACCCCAAGUGCUGAUUUGUCAGGAAAAAGAAGUUCUAACUAGGGUGAUGUCUCUUCCCCAGCCUCUGCCUGCGGUGCGGCCUGCCGCCAAGGACAGCCCCCGGCUCUGCUCUUCUUGGGGCCUGGGUGAAGGGGUGUGCCCCCUCGCCCCUCACCCGCAAGCGCCCCCGGGGCAGAGGGAGGGCAGGGGCGAGGACCCUCACGGAGGGAAAUCCAGCUUUGAGUUUCAGAACGUUUGGGAAAGUUGCAAGUUACCUUGCUGUGCUGGGUCCCCCUCUAUCUUCCCUCUCCUCAGGUCCUGCUCAGCAGUGAGAGAAAAUGAAAUCAAAAGGCCACAAGCUUUGGCCCCUGCCCACUGGUAGUUCCUCUCCCCACAGUGUUUGUGUGUCAAGUGACAAAGCUGUUCUUCCUGGUGACCCUGAUUAUAUCCAGUAUCUUAUAGACUAUACGCAUAGACCUGCUUGGUCUCUUCUAUCCUGGGCUUUUGUUUUGCCUUUUAGUUUUGCUUUAAGUUCUUCUGUCCCUUUUAUUUAAUGCACCGACUAGACACACAAAGCAGUUGAAUUUUUAUAUAUAUAUAUCUGUAUAUUGCACAGUUAUAAACUCAUUUUGCUUGUGGCUCCACACACAAAAAAAGACCUGUUAAAAUUAUACCUGUUGCUUAAUUACAAUAUUUCUGAUAACCAUAGCAUAGGACAAGGGAAAAUUUUAAAAACAAAAACAAAAAAAACACAAAAAACAAAAACAAAAACAAACAAAAAAAAAAACCAAAAACAAAAAACAAAAAAAAACCGACAAAUCCGUCUGCUGGUCACUUCGGUCCAAGCAGAUCUGUGGUCUUUCCUCGCUUCUUUCAAGGGCUUCCCAGUGCCGAGUGAAGGAGGCUCCGGGCAGCACCGGGUUUUGCACUGUUUCUCCCGAGCUUGUGAGAGAGGCUCCAGGGUGCCACUGCGGGACGGCUCAUUUCAGUGGGUGGGUGCAAGAGUGCUCCCUGGCUCUGGCAAAGCCCGGAAUGGCACUGCCUGGUCCCCUUCGAUCUCUGGGUGGGGCAGCUGGAGUCCAUGGGGGUGGCCUGGUCCCCCCACGCCUUCCAGCGAUCCAGUCCGAGUGAUGGUAUGUGGAGAGCCGGCUCAGCAGGCCUCCCCACCGGCAGGGCCCCCGCUCUGCCGAGUCUGGGGGCUGGAGGGGAGGCAGAAGGCCGUGUCUUGUCUCUGAAAGUGUGAGCCGUACCAGGUAGAACACCAGGGACCCCAGAACCACACAUGAGGUUCAGUGGGUCCCCUCCAGGAGGUAGCGAAGACUCCAGAAAUGUCCCUUCCUCUUCUCCUCCAACCUAUGAGUAAUUGCAUUUGCUUUUGUAAUUCUUAAUGAGCAAUACCUGCUAGAGAGUUUAGCCGUAACAGUUCUUUUUGAUCAUUUUUUUUAAGUAAUUAAAAACACCAAAAAAAAAUAAAUCCAGAAACUUGUUCUUCCAAAGCAGAGAGCAUUAUAAUCACCAGGGCCAAAAGCUUCCCUCCCCGCAUCAUUACUUACUUCUGAGGCCUGAAUCCAAAAGAGAAACACUCGUAGGCCCUUUGGGUGGCCAGGCUCCCCUCGGGCCCCUCGGAGGACCUGGGCGAGGGCAGCUUCCGCCUUCGUUCAGUAUUAGCGGUGGGUCCCUGCCUGCUCUCCCACCCAGCCCGGGGCCGGGGGCAGAGGAGGCCGCCGCCGCUGCUGUCCGGCCUCGCAGGUGGGUGUCCGCGUUAUCUGCGCGCAUAUGCUUUCUGCCCGAGAUCUGAAAUCAGCGCCGAGUUAGCCUCACCCGGUGACCUCUCGCCCUGCCCGCCCGAAGCAGCAGGGCCCACCCAGUUCAGUGUUUCUGGGGAGCUGGACGGUGGAGUGCAAAAGGCUUGCAGAACUCGAAGCCUGCUCCUUCCCUUGCUACCAAGGCCUCCUUUUCCGUUUGAGUUGUCACUGCUUCAAUCAAUAACAGCCGCUCCAGAGUCAGUAGUUGAUGAAUACAUGACCAAAUAUCACCAGGACUGUUACUCAGUGUGUGCCGAGCCCUCUCCUCGCACUGGGCUCCGUGUACCCGGACACUGUAACGUGUGCUGUGUUUGCGCUCCUCCCCCUCCUCCUCCACGCUCCCCUCGUCUCUCUGGGGUUUUUCUGUUUGGGUUUGGUUUGGUUUUUAUUUCUCCUUUUGUGUUCCAAACAUGAGGUUCUCUCUACUGGUCCUCUUAACUGUGGUGUUGAGGCUUAUAUUUGUGUAAUUUUUGGUGGGUGAAAGGAACUUUGCGAAGUAAAUCUCUUCUGUGUUUGAACUGAAGUCUGUAUUGUAACCACGUUUAAAGUAAUUGUUCCAGAGACAAAUGCUUCUAGACACCUUUUCUUUACAAACAAAAGAAUUCGGAGGGAGGGGAUGGUAACUGAGAGGAGAGGGUCUGUCCUUUCUCUCCAGGAGGGGAGAUCCAAAGACAGAACCCCUGCCCAGAUCAGCCAGAAGCCACCCAAAGAAGUUAAGCCUAAAGCCAACGGACCGAAUAGCUGACGUGCUGCCAUUUGCAAAGUCAGAGCAAAACCAGGUUUUGUUCCACUCAGUGAAUUCUUUUGCGCCCCCCCCCCCCCACGCCAGGUUAUUAGCAUCAUUAUUAUUUUUUAAGGACAGACAAGGUUGAUGUUCUUGCAAGGGGAGCCAGGAGGGGUGUGAGCAGAGCCAACCUCGCCUCAGUGGGAGAAGGCUGGGGUGGGCCUGAGGGGCGGGGCUCAGCUAGAGGAUGGCCAUCUCCCUGGAGACCUCCACCGUGGCCACAGGUCAGGUGUAUGUUGACAGGGCAUUACUGUUCAGGGUGGGCAUUACUGUUCAGGGCACCAUCAUCACAUCCCACCCCAUCCCGCAGUGCACGACACUAACGUGACCUCUCGAUUCCCCUGCUUUCCCGGACGAGAAGAUGAUGGUGGAGGGGGGCGCACUCCCUUUACUGUCAUCCGAUCCCCAGCAAAAUUUGGACAUGAAACCCCCUUCUUGUUUCAUGGCAAAACCCGAUCCUCCUCAAAGAAGCCGUUUACCUCCCAUUGUUUAGGGCUGAUGGAACAGGGACAGACGCGUGCUCCCUUAGCGCCCGGGGGGCCCCUCCUCUGAAAGGCAAGGACAGUGCUGACCCUAGUGACCAUUUGUGCAUGGGGCUUAGGAGCGGGAAGAACCAGGCAGGGUUGCUGCCUCCUCCUGAGUCACAGGGACACAGGUCGCCCUGUGUAGAGGGAGCUGGCUCCAGCCCCGAAGCCCAGAAGCCUGACCAAGGGCGGGAGAGGUGUGCGUGGGGCGUGGGGAGCCGCCCAGGACAGACUUGGCUGGAGAUGUCUCCAGAAGCCCUCUAUCGCAUUCACCUUCAGUUUUUGUGUUUUGGGACAAUUACUUUAGAAAAAUAAGUAGGUCGUUUUAAAAACAAAAAAUAUUGAUUGCUUUUUUGUAGUGUUCAAAAAAAGGUUCUUUGUGUAUAGCCAAAUGACUGAAAGCACUGAUAUAUUUAAAAACAAAAGGCAAUUUAUUAAGGAAAUUUGUACCAUUUCAGUAAACCUGUCUGAAUGUACCUGUAUACGUUUCAAAAACACCCCCCCCCCACUGAAUCCCUGUAACCUAUUUAUUAUAUAAAGAGUUUGCCUUAUAAAUUUACAUAAAAAUGUCCGUUUGUGUCUUUUGUUGUAAAAUCAAGUGAUUUUUUCAUAAGGUUCUUUUACUAUUUGAAAAGAUGGGCAGCACGCAGUUUUAUUUUAUUUUUGUAAGUUUUUUAAUACGUGUGAAAGCCAAGAAUACUCAGCAUGCCUUUCUAAGUGACGCGUUCGCACCUUUUGUUGGGAAGUACUGUAUCCUGUGCUGUUAGCAUUCUCGAUAAAUCUCUCUGUGAAAGUGA